UGUCGGAGCUAAAAAUCUAGACCUUUGCAAAACCAUGGAACGCCACUCAAAGCUGAGAAAUGCGCUGAACCCAAAACCCAACCCGUAGCUUUUACGCGCUGCCAGCCCACCAUUGCACCACCACCAAUCAAGAGCAUCACAGCCAUCCUACCAAUGAGCUCCCACUGGAUCAAAGGCCCAGUAUGCGGAAUUGAGAACUGUAGGUCGCGGCAUUACGAAGAAGAGGCCGACGGCUACCAAUACUGUCAAAAUGGACAUCGAAGAGGCAAUGUCCUUGCGACGGAAAGAGAGGAGGACGAUUUCAAUCCACAUGCUAAAUGGCAGAGUGCAAAAUCGGAUGUCGAAGAUGCCGAAAAGCAGUACCAAUACUAUACGGGACGGGACGCCUUCACUCUCUAUCUCCAGUGCUACCAAGUUAUUCUCCGCCACCAGAUAUGGUUCCUUGUUCACAAAAAAGGCCUUCCAGCUGAGCUAGAGAGCGUUAUAUUCGAUCUUUGGGCCCUCAAAGUCAUGAACCUCAAAGACCGAGUGGCAGAUGACAGAGAGGAGAGCCUCUCACAGAUGUUCAGUUCUGGGUCCGAGGAAGAGAUAGAAGACUCUGAUGACAACCGCUCAAAAUAUAUGGGCAGCGGAAGGAAGGCCAGAGAUACACCGAAGCUUAUUGACACCCUAGCUUUAUGCUAUCUAGGUGCACUAACACUGCGAAUACCGAUCACUACCGGAGACAUUUACGAAUGGACGACCAAUGGUGAUAUGGUUUAUGCCAGAGCAAAGGACUAUCUUCCACUUGCGAUGAAGGAACGAUUGCCUCCAAUAUAUAAACCUAAUGUUCUGGAGCCGCCCGGUAUCUUACGACAGCAACGCCUGCAUGGGGCAAUCAUGGAUUUGGCCCUUUCUUACGAGCACCAUCACGGGAUUGUUUUUCCAUCCCUCAAUCAUCCGGUACUUCUAUUCAGGUAUAUGAAGGAACUGGCAUUGCCGAUGGAGAUCUAUGGAGCGGUGGCGAAGCUUGCUAAGCUUCUGAUGUAUACUUUUACCUAUCCCACGAAAGCUGCCGUAAAAAGACUUCGCGUUACCGACAUACCCGACGCACAACUCGUUUCCUUAAUCGUGGUCUGCGUAAAGUUGUUCUAUCCUUUUGAUCGCAUUCAGCGCUAUCCAAGCACGGACGGAGAGCCGGCAGGCGCGAAUAUGGACUGGGAAGUGUGGGAGGAAUCUACCUCCACACUCAAAAAAUUGAUGGAAGUACCUGGGCAGCUGAACAUUCGAGAAAUGAUGGAGCUACAAGAGAAGGACAUCUUUUCACUGAGUGGUGAUCAAAUGGACCAGUACUUGGACUGGUAUCAGAAAACCUGGGUGGACGAGACCAUACGAGAAAAGGACAAAGACAGCAACUUUCGAAAGGAGCUAUUCAAUCAGUUCCCUAUCGGCCCACCGGUAUACCGUCUAGAAGACUUUCGUGCACCCGAUAUGGACGCAGCAUAUGUUCAGGCUGCGCAAACGAAAAGAGUGGAAGAUGUUCACAGCAAGAUGAGUGGUAACAGGGUAGUCGCCGAGAAAAAUGCGAUCAACGACAUCAAGCGACCUGGAAGUCAAUACAAGCAUUAUCGGCGCGAAAGCGAACUGCCUGACUCGGCGAGGGCUUUCUACAAAGAGGCGGCCAAGACAUCUGGAUUGUCGGUGAAGAUGCUGGUCAACGCUGUCUUCUUCACGGAACGGAGGGUGCAGAGAUGGGGUGAAUCGCAGAGACGAUGGGAAAGGAAGCAGACUGAGGGAGAUAAUGCAGGAAGAGGGAACUAUCAGAGACAGUUGACAUCUGUUUGAACUGAGCGAGGAUUGGCAGACAAUUUUGUUACAUCAAUGAUAUCCUAUGAUAAUUUUGGUCUAC